CCUUCUUUAUUUUACACCCUUUUGUGCUCCACUCGUGCCAAGAGGAUUCCAAGAAAAAACAUAUCCAAAAUAAACAAUAUUGUUUCUUAAUUGUAGUUCUUAUAUUAUAUACUCUUCAUUGUAUAUAUAUAUAUAUAUAACACGAAGCAACAACGUUCAACCCUUCAACAUAUCUCAAAAAAAAAAAAAAAAGUGGAUAUGGGGAACAGUCUAGGAAGAAAAAAGAGUACAGAAGUUAUGAAAAUCGAUGGAAAAACGAUGAAAUUUAGGACCCCAGUUUAUGCAAACGAGGUUCUAAAAAAUUAUCCAUCGAUGGUAUUAUUAGAAUCGGAAGAAGUUAAGCAUUUUGGGAUUCGAGCAAAGCCAUUGGAGCCACAACAAGAGUUAAAGCCCAAAAGGCUUUAUUUCCUCAUUGAAUUACCGAAAUACCCCGAAGAGAGUAAUAAAAAUCCGAGGAGGGUCCGUUCGGGGAUCCAAAUGAGCGCGAAGGAUAGGCUCGAGACAUUAAUGCUGGCACGGAGAUCUGCGUCUGACUUGUCAAUCAUGAGGCCUGCAAGUAGUAUGACUGAAGAGUACUCGUCUUAUCAUCAUCAUCAUCAUAAUAAUAAUAGCUUCGCUUCAGGCCCGAGUAGCGGUAAUGGGCCUCAGGCCCAGCCCAUGAGGCUGAAGCUGAGGCUACCGAAAGCGGAGGUGGAGAAGUUGAUGAUGCAAAGCAAAGAUGGGAGUGACGUUGGUGAGAAAAUUAUGAAACUUUGCAUGAACAAUAAUAAUAACAGUGGUGUUGGGACCGACUUGCUUCAAAGUAAAAGUGGACCAUUAAUGGAAGAUGAUCAAAGUCAAUGGAAGAAUAAUAAUAACAAUAAUGGAGGGAUAUUAAUUAAGAAGGGAAUUAUUAGAUCUCGAGAGAAACGUGUAGGGUUCUUGCCAAUUACAGAAGGGGAGAUUCAAUUAGCAAUGGCAGCUUCAUAACAAAGAGAGCUAAAAUAAAUGAAUCCAUUUCAUUAUAUUAUAUAGUUUUUGUGUAGUGUAUGUAUGUACAAGUCCUCUCCGAAUUCACUUGCAGGAUUUUUCAGCUAUUUAAAAUUAAUACUAUAUAGGUCACGGAUUCUAGCUGUUGGAAGCCUGGAACAAUCACUGAUGAUUGUAUUAGGGUUUGUGCGGCUCUUUUCCAAACUCUGCUAAUGCGGGAUGCUUUGUGCAUCGACUGUUCUUUUUUUUGUUUUUUUUUUUUAAUUGGGUAUUAGUCAUUUCUUUAUAGUAAAAAUUAAGAAGCUGAAAAAUAGAGGUGAAUUAUGUGAGAACCUGCUUAUGAUAUAUUAUAUUACAUUUGUAUCAAAUUUCAACUUGUGCUAUUUCAAAGUACAUUUAUAUUCAAA